AUGGUCAGAGAUUCAACUUCCAAUCUUGCCUUAAUUACCUCUACUCAACCCAACCCAGGAGUAAGUAAGUCCUUAAAAAGGGCUAUCUUCUCAUUUGUUAAAAGAAUAGACCGAUCUGCUACCUACACAUCCUACCAAUUAACUCAAAAACUCCUUCAAAGACUUCAACAAACCAGUACUUCUUUUCAAUCACCAAGUUCACCCCCUCCCCAAGCCAGUCCACAUAAUCAAGCAAUCCAUCUCUCACUCCCUCACCUUCCAGAAGUCCCGGCCAUUCCCUUAAUCUAUCUUAAACACGCUCCACCUUCCCUCCGCACGCGAGUCUUCCGUGAAGGCCUCACCCAACGAAUAAAUGCCAAUUACUAA